CUUAGAACCCAAACCUUGAGUGACUGCGUCUGCUUCACUCCACGUGUUGUAUGCUUUCAUACCAGACGUUCUACAGUUAUACUUCACAUUUCAUAUAGAACUUAUACAUAGUGUAUCAUGGUCAAACACGCACACGCUAGACUCGAACAAUAUGCUAUCGAUAGGAAAGAAAACUGGAUGGCAAUGCUUAAAGGUAUGAUCAAAUCAGUAGGUGAUGCCAAUGAAGAUUUGACAAUUGCGCUCGAAAAGUUAUGCCAAUCCAAGAAAGUACCCAGGAGAUGGAUAAAGUUAAACAAACCUAAAUUUAUGAAUUUUUUGAAAUACCUCCGUUACAAGAUUGAUCCAAAGGUAGCAGAACAGUUGUGGGGGAUGUUCUCUAAGGCUCUUGAAGCAGAAAAGAAAAAAGAGGAAAAGAAAAAAGCCCCUAAAGUCACCGAAAAAACAACAAGUGAAGAAAAAAUGGAAAAUUGACAUAACUCAUGAAGCUCCAGUUACUGGAAAUAAUAAAAUGAAUGGAAAGAUGAAAAAAA